AUGGACAACAGCCAAGAGCAGGCAAUUAGCCGCCAGCGCACGCGCGAUCAUUUCCAGCAACGUGAAGCCGAACGAGGCAGUCUCAAGCACAAGCAGCCGAUCAUCAAGACUGCCGAACAACAAGCACAACCGCCGAAGCAGAAGCAGCAGCAAAACCAAAGUCAGCAGCAAGGCGGCGUGGUCUGGACUCCCAAUGCAAUGGCGAGGCAAACCAGACUACUGACCGCGAGUAGAGGAAAAUGCCCUGUCUUCGACGAGAACAUAUGGGCUGAAGACCGAUGUUCUCAGCGCCCCAAUCACGACGGAUCCGUCAGUCCCAAGACACGGGUCGGCAAAGACGAGAGUCAGUUCCAGAGAGGCUGCAGCAAUGGCAAUGGUAAUCACAACAUGAAGACCAUGUCGGGCACCAGGCCUCAGGGGUGCUGGGAACAUGGCGCCGACAAGGACAAACCCUACAACACCACCGCUUCGACCAGAAAGGAGGCUUCAUGA